AUGACACAACCAAGCAAUAAUGAAAUAACAGAGCUUAAUCAUAAUAAUGAGUCGAUAUUACCAAGUAAUGAUCAGCCUUGUUAUAAUAGUGAAACUCAGGCUAGUAUAAGUGAUGAAACACAGCCUAAUAGAAACGAUAUUUAUUCUACUAAAGAAAAGUGGGCUAAGGCAUACACUACUAAAUUUUUUACUGCUGGCAUCUCAUCCAUGUCACGCGUUGAAAGCGAGAACUCAGUAAUCAAAAAUGUACUUCAAGGCUGUCCUAGUCUUUAUGAGUUAGCUUAUCAUGCUAAUGCAAGUGCUCAGUUAUGCGAUGCUUCUGCCGAAUGUUUUUCUGAAAUCGAUCAUAUUUUCAAAGAAUACCUUACUGAGGAGAUACUUUCUCGACAAAGACAUGAAGUAAUACAAUCACUUUAUUAUCAUACAAUAAUAGAAAACAAUGAAUUGCCUGGUGACAAACCUAUUGAGGAAGGAUAUGAUAUGCAGCAAAUUUACCUAAACACUUUUUUAGAGGAUCUUCUCUUGAACGAUAUUAUUAAAAUAUAUAGAGUUCAUCAUGCGAUUCAAAAACGACGUGAUUAUGAAGAGACUUUUAAUCUUGCUUGGAAGGCAGUUCGAUCUGCAGUUGAAGUGGGUGGUGAAUCUCUUUGCCACCUUAAAAGAAGCCUUAACGAUUGGUUUGCUAAAGAACAAAGAUUAAUAAAUAUUAAUGAGAAAGAAAAUUUUGAUCUCAGCCAAUUCAAAAGUAGUACUGAACAAGUCAAAGGCAAAAAGCAUUCUACACAAAACAAAUGUGGUAAAUGUGGGGUUGUUGGGCAUUAUGCUCCGACUUGCAAGAAAUAG